AUGUCUGCCGGGCGCCGCCGCGGUCCCCGGGGCAGCCGGGCGCAGCCGCUCGCGCCCCGCUGCUGCUGCCUCUGGGCCGCGCUGGGGAUGCUGUGGUCCCCCGGCUCCCAGGCGUUCAACUUGGACGAGGACAAGGUCACGGUGUACAGCGGCCCGGAGGGCAGCUACUUCGGCUACGCGGUGGACUUCCACCUCCCCGCCGCUCGCACAGCCAGCGUCUUGGUGGGAGCGCCCAAAGCCAACACCAGCCAGCCAGACAUCGUGGAGGGGGGAGCCGUCUAUUACUGCCCUUGGCCCGCCGAGGGGGCUGCGCCCUGCAAGCAGAUACCUUUUGACACCACCAACAACAGAAAGAUCAAAGUUAAUGGAACCAAGGAACCCAUAGAGUUUAAAUCAAACCAAUGGUUUGGAGCAGCAGUGAAAGCUCACAGAGGGAAAGUGGUGGCUUGUGCUCCAUUAUAUCACUGGAGAACUCUGAAAUCCACACCAGAAAAGGACCCAGUUGGCACUUGCUAUGUAGCAAUUCAGAAUUUCAGUGCAUAUGCUGAAUACUCUCCUUGUCGGAACAGUAAUGCUGAUCCUGAAGGCCAGGGUUACUGCCAAGCAGGAUUUAGUCUGGAUUUUUAUAAGAAUGGAGACCUCAUAGUGGGAGGACCUGGGAGUUUUUACUGGCAAGGUCAGGUGAUCACAGCCAGUAUUGCAGACAUCAUUGAAAAUUACUCAUUCAAGGAUAUUCUAAGGAAACUGGCUCGAGAAAAACAGACGCAAGUGGCCCCAACUUCCAACGAUGAUAGUUACCUCGGAUAUUCAGUUGCUGCUGGGGAAUUUACAGGAGAUGCUCAGCAAGAAUUGGUUGCUGGAAUUCCAAGAGGAGCACAAAAUUUUGGAUAUGUUUCAAUCAUUAACUCUACAGAUAUGACCUUUAUCCAGAAUUUCACUGGUGAACAGAUGGCAUCUUAUUUUGGAUAUACAGUUGCAGUAUCAGAUGUUAACAAUGAUGGGAUGGAUGACAUACUGGUUGGGGCGCCUCUCUUUAUGGAACGUGAAUUUGAGAGUAACCCCAGGGAAGUGGGUCAAGUUUACCUGUAUAUGCAAGUGAGCGCUCUCAUCUUUGAAGACCCACAGGUGCUCGCAGGCACGGAGGUUUUUGGGAGAUUUGGUAGUGCUGUGGCUCCCUUAGGAGACCUGAAUCAAGAUGGAUACAAUGAUGUUGCCAUUGGUGCGCCCUUUGCAGGCCAGGAUCAAAGAGGCAAAGUGUUCAUUUACAACGGGAACAAACAUGGCUUGAACACCAAGGCUUCCCAAAUUUUGCAAGGAGCGUGGGCAUCACAGGCUAUCCCUUCUGGCUUUGGCUACACUUUACGAGGAGACUCGGACAUAGACAAGAACGAUUACCCAGAUUUAAUUGUGGGUGCAUUCGGAACAGGAAAAGUAGCUGUUUAUAGAGCGAGACCAGUGGUGACAGUGGAUGCCCAGCUCCUGUUGCACCCAGUGAUAAUCAACCUGGAAAAUAAAACUUGCCAGAUUCCAGAGUUUAUGACUUCUGUGGCCUGCUUUUCCUUAAGAGUAUGUGCAUCUAUAGAAGGCCAGAGCAUUCCAAACACAAUAGGCCUGACUGCCGAGGUGCAGUUAGAUUCCCUGAAGCAAAAAGGCGCCAUUAAACGCACACUCUUCCUUGACAACCAUCAGUCACAUUUCAUCUUCCCUCUCAUGAUAAAGCAGCAGAAAUCCCGCCAGUGCCAGGACUUUGUGGUUUACCUGCGAGAUGAAACUGAAUUUCGAGAUAAAUUAUCUCCAAUCAACAUUAGUUUGAAUUACAGUUUGGAUGAGUCCACCUUUAAAGAAGGCCUGGAAGUGAAACCAAUGUUGAACCACUACAGGGAAAAUGUUGUUACUGAACAGGCUCACAUCCUGGUGGACUGUGGAGAAGACAACAUGUGCGUUCCUGACUUGAAGCUGUCAGCCAGACCAGAUAAGCAUCAGGUCAUCAUUGGAGAUGAAAAUCACCUUAUGCUCAUCAUCAAUGCAAGAAAUGAAGGUGAAGGAGCCUAUGAAGCGGAGCUCUUGGUGACGAUACCAGAAGAGGCAGAUUAUGUUGGGAUUGAGCGCAGCAGCAAGGGAUUCCGACCCCUGAGCUGUGAGUACAAGAUGGAAAAUAUAACCAGAAUGGUGGUGUGCGACCUUGGGAACCCGAUGGUGGCUGGAACAAAUUAUUCUCUGGGCCUCCGAUUUGCAGUUCCACGUCUUGAGAAAACAAACGUGAGCAUUAACUUCGAUCUUCAAAUCAGAAGUUCCAACAAGGAUAAUCCAGACAGCAAUCUUGUGAGCCUGCAAAUCAACAUCACUGCUGUAGCUCAAGUAGAAAUAAGAGGAGUCUCCCACCCUCUGCAGAUUGUUCUGCCCAUUCAUAACUGGGAGCCGGAAGAGGAACCCCGCAAAGAGGAAGGAGUUGGACCAUUGGUGGAACAUAUUUAUGAGUUGCACAAUAUUGGACCGAGUACCAUCAGUGACACCCUUCUGGAGGUGGGCUGGCCAUUCUCUGCCCGGGAUGAGUUUCUUCUUUAUAUUUUUCAUAUUCAAACUCUGGGACCUCUACGAUGUCAAACAAACCCAGAUAUCAACCCACAGGAUAUAAAGCUUGCUGCUCCACAAAAGGACACCCCUGAACUGACGGCAUUUUUGCAAAACUCAACCAUCCCUCAUCUUGUUCAGAAAAGGGACGUGCCGGUGCCGGUGCCCGAGCUCCGCAGACAGAGCCCCCCCAAAAUCCUGAAUUGUACAAAUAUCAAGUGCUUACAGAUCUCCUGUGCAGUGGGACGACUAGGAGGAGGAGAAAGUGCAGUCCUGAAAGUCAGGUCACGGUUAUGGGCCAAGACAUUUCUCCAGAGAAAGAAUGAUCCCUAUUCUCUUGCAUCCCUGGUGUCCUUUGAAGUUAAGAAGAUGCCUUAUAAAGUCCAGCCAGCAAAACUCCCAGAGGGAAACAUAGCAAUUAAGACAUCAGUUAUUUGGGCAACACCAAAUGUUUCCUUCUCAAUCCCAUUGUGGGUGAUAAUACUGGCGAUACUUCUUGGAUUAUUGGUUCUGGCCAUUUUGACUUUGGCUUUAUGGAAGUGCGGAUUCUUUGACAGAUCAAGACCCCCCCAAGAUGAUAUGAAUGACAGGGAACAGCUGACAAAUGAGAAAACCCCUGGUGCUUGA